CUCCGUCCCUGCGGUGGGGGGGGUGUGAAGGCCCCUCAGGCGGCGCGCUGGGCAGCCCCGGAGCUGGGGCCUGCUGCUGUGCGGAGGCUGCGGCGGCUGCUGCCGGCGGGUCCCGGCCGGGGAGGGAGCCGCGUCCCCCGCCGGCAGCUGAUUAGAAUCAUCUCUGGGAAUCCACUUGAGUCUGCAUUGCCAAAGAUGAAUAGCUCGAUCGUAUUUAUGUGUGUGCAUUCGAGGAGGGAGAAGCUGCCGUGUUGGAUACGAUUGCACCAGCUUUGAAGUGUGCAGACCUGCCAACUGCUAUGGGUGACGCUAUUGUAGACGCAGCCCCUGGGACAGCGGUGGAUCAGUCAUCCGGCCCAGUGCUGCAAGGAAAUGGAGGGACUCCUCUCAGUGUCAUCAGAGAAGGCGUUGGGGAGUUGGCCGUUAUCGACCCUGAGGUGGCGAAGAAAGCCUGUGAAGAGGUCCUGGAGAAGGUCAAGCUGAUGCAUGGGGUCUCCUCAGACAGUGUGGCUAAAUCAGAUGAUGUCAACGAAACGGAGAGUGCUCCACGGACCAACCUGGAACUAGUCAAUGGAGAUGUUGGAGAUGGCUGUGAAAUCAAAUGCUUGGACGACCCACCUGGCACGCCUUCCGGGAUCCGGGAGGAGGACGAGACCAUGGCCAACACAGUGAAAAGCGCCCGGAGGCGGCAGAAGAACAACUCGGCUAAGCAGUCCUGGCUGCUCAGGCUCUUUGAAUCCAAACUCUUUGAUAUCUCCAUGGCCAUUUCAUACUUGUACAAUUCAAAAGAGCCGGGGGUACAAGCUUAUAUUGGAAAUAGGUUGUUUUGCUUUAGGAACGAGGAGGUGGACUUCUACCUGCCACAGCUUCUAAACAUGUACAUCCAUAUGGAUGAAGAUGUUGGCGAUGCUAUCAAACCCUACAUUGUGCACCGCUGUCGGCAAAGCAUCAACUUUUCCCUCCAGUGUGCCCUGCUCCUGGGUGCCUACUCCUCGGACAUGCACAUCUCAACUCAGCGACACUCCCGUGGGACCAAGCUGCGGAAGCUCAUCCUUUCUGAUGAGUUGAAGCCAGCUCACAAAAAGAGGGAGCUGCCGUCUCUGAGCCCGGCGCCCGACAUGGGAUUGUCACCUUCCAAAAGGACUCACCAGAGGUCCAAGUCAGACGCCACAGCUAGCAUCAGCCUGAGCAGCAAUUUGAAACGGACCGCCAGCAAUCCCAAAGUCGAGAGCGAGGAUGAGGAAUUCUCAUCGAGUACGGAAAGUCUUGAUAAAUCAUUCUGUUCCCCUGUCAGACUUGCCCCAGAGAGAGAAUUCAUCAAAUCCCUGAUGGCCAUCGGGAAGAGACUAGCCACUUUGCCCACCAAAGAGCAGAAGACUCAGCGUCUUAUCUCGGAGCUGUCUUUACUUAACCAUAAGCUUCCAGCACGCAUCUGGCUUCCCACAGCUGGCUUUGACCAUCAUGUGGUGCGGGUGCCCCACACCCAGGCGGUGGUGCUCAACUCCAAGGACAAGGCUCCCUAUUUAAUCUACGUUGAAGUACUUGAAUGUGAAAAUUUUGACACCACUAAUGUGCCGGCCCGGAUCCCGGAGAACCGCAUCCGGAGCACGAGGUCUGUGGAGAACCUGCCAGAAUGUGGGAUCACUCAUGAGCAGAGGGCCAGCAGCUUCACCACCGUUCCCAACUAUGACAACGAUGAUGAAGCCUGGUCCGUGGACGAUAUUGGGGAACUGCAGGUGGAGCUUCCAGAGAUGCACACCAACAGCUGUGACAAUAUUUCCCAGUUCUCUGUGGACAGCAUCACCAGCCAAGAGAGCAAGGAGCCUGUGUUCAUAGCAGCUGGCGAUAUUAGACGGCGCCUCUCAGAGCAGCUUGCACACACCCCAACAGCUUUCAGGAGGGACCCUGAGGAUCCUUCUGCUGUUGCCCUGAAGGAGCCCUGGCAGGAGAAAGUCAGGCGGAUCAGGGAAGGCUCCCCUUAUGGCCAUCUUCCAAACUGGCGCCUCCUCUCAGUGAUUGUCAAAUGCGGAGAUGACCUCAGGCAAGAGUUGCUAGCGUUCCAGGUCCUUAAACAACUGCAGUCUAUUUGGGAGCAGGAGCGCGUGCCCUUGUGGAUCAAGCCAUACAAGAUCCUCGUCAUCUCCGCAGACAGCGGCAUGAUCGAGCCGGUUGUCAACGCAGUGUCCAUCCACCAAGUCAAGAAACAAUCCCAGCUCUCGCUGCUGGACUACUUCCUCCAGGAGCAUGGCAACUACACUACCGAAGCAUUUCUGACGGCCCAGAGGAACUUUGUUCAGAGCUGUGCUGGCUACUGCCUGGUGUGCUACCUGCUACAGGUCAAAGACAGGCACAAUGGCAAUAUAUUGCUGGAUGCAGAUGGACACAUCAUCCAUAUAGAUUUUGGGUUCAUUCUCUCCAGCUCCCCCAGGAACCUUGGCUUCGAGACAUCUGCCUUCAAGCUUACAACGGAGUUUGUUGAUGUCAUGGGUGGUCUGGAUGGUGAUAUGUUUAACUACUACAAGAUGCUGAUGCUGCAAGGCCUCAUCGCUGCCCGAAAGCACAUGGAUAAAGUCGUGCAGAUUGUGGAGAUAAUGCAGCAAGUUUGUUCUCUAGAUUGCCAGAGAUGUUACGGAGAAAGUCAGCAGAGCCAGGUCCAUACGGUAGCGCAGGUCAUCUGUUCUCAGCUGCCCUGUUUCCAUGGCUCCAGUACCAUCCGCAACCUGAAGGAGCGUUUCCACAUGAACAUGACGGAGGAGCAGCUGCAGAUGCUCAUUGAACAGAUGGUGGACGGCAGCAUGCGGUCAAUCACCACCAAACUCUAUGAUGGCUUCCAAUACCUCACCAAUGGCAUCAUGUGACGGCUGCGCCCCUGCCACCAACUUGAGGAUGGCUUUUGUCACAGCUACAGUGCCCAGCUGGAGACCUACCACCUGGCCGAGGGAAAAGGUCUUGCCCCCUGUGGUGAAGGGAGCCGAGCAGUAGCACCUCCUGUGUGCUGGGUUUACUGGACUCUCAAACCACCACCGACAAAAAACAGUGUUCAGAGAAGCGAAAUCUACGCGUGAAAAUUGACUAAAAUAAAAAGGAUCAUGUGGCAACCAUUGCGAUCACGUUUAAUGUGACCGCAGGGCCCAGGCGUUGGUGAGACAAAGCCAUCAGCGCUCUGUGGACAACAGAGCAUCUGCUAGACACCAGAACCAUGUGUACAUCAGUUCCUCCCGUCUUUAUUUCAGUAUUAUGCCUGUUGAUGUCCUGUGAACUCUUCCACGGUCUCAUAAAUGUUUAGGGCCUGGGGUGGAGGGGGCCAAAACCAUCUUUCUCCCUGAGUCUGGUAUUUGCUGAUAUUUUGAGCCUUCUGCUAGCACCACUUGAAUGCAGUUGAGGUGAAUCCCCAUCAGCCCCCAACCCUGCAUGUUCCUGUACAGCAUUGUCAGCAUUAUUUGAGUCUCCUGAUGUUGGUUUGGUUUUUUUCACCCUUUGCACAUUUUAAUGUAAGUUUAAGUUGCAAGUUAGACAACAAACGUGUCUUGAAAUCAUAGGUCACUAGACACACCCAUGUAGCACAGUCUUAACCUUCUGGAGCAUAGGGGUUAUUAGGACUUUGAUAUUUUUGUUUCCUUUCAUCCACAUCUCUCGUAGUCUGGCCAUGCAACCGCAUGCCCAUCUGUCUUUUUUGGGGCACCUUUUUGACUUUGUUCCACAAAUCUGGGGCUGUGAAGCUUUCCCCUGCAAUAAUAUCAGACCGACUGCUUCAUGGAUUUGUACCACACUGAAUGUCUUGUCCUUGGCUGACGACCCCUGAACUCGCACUGCCUUGAACUCAGCAGCGGGGCUGCACUUCGCUUUGUGUGUGGUAUCCGCACAGGGGUUACAUUUCUGUGGAUGAUGAGUUUUUACAUCUACCUGGAUCGGACCUUUAAAUGCAGAAUGUUCCCCUGGAGAUUAUAACCUGCCCCACCCCUCCUCGGUGGGGUACUUUGCUUUGAGCCAAGUUUCAUGGCUCCUAGGGAGUGAGGCAAAAUGUUGCUAGUUCUCUCCCUAGGGUAACUGAAGGCCAGUAUUGGCUUAUUAUCCACCUUACCUUGCUAGCAUACCCAGCUAGAGUUCAGGAGACAGCUUGCUCUUUAGUUUUGCGGCAAGCAGGGCAUAGCUAGUGCCUUUUUUCAGUUUUAAGUAAAGAAGUGAUCGUGCUAAUUUUUCAUCCCCAGAAACAGGUCAAAAGCAGAUGCUGACAAGCACAAAGUUAUUGCAAAGAACCAGUAGAAUGCAGCUGUGAAGUCGUAAGUCCAGGCUGUUUGGCAUAUAGAUCCAGGGCACGGACAUAACUCUCUCUGGGCUGAUUUCGUUUUUAGAACUCCCUUUGAGCUACUGUCCAGCUGAGAGCAUCUGUACUUUAUAAAGAGCAACAAGGUUUGAUUUGUUGCAGCUUCUCCAUUUCUCUGUAUUAAUAUAACUCUAUUCAGACACAAGCCCCCUCCCUUGUCCUGUCUCCCCUCAGUGUAUUCAGACUUCCUGCAGCUGCUGAUCAGAUGGUGGAAUCCCCGACUACCUGAGUGUGUGCGAUUUGUUACCUCAGUCCUUGUUCUCCUCCACCCCGCAUUGACGUCUGUUGUGGACUCUCAUGUUAAUAGGUGUUUGUUCAGUGCUACUUUGCCAUGUUGAUUAUUUAGCAUUUUUAACUGUAUUUUAACAUUAUGGGAUAGAGGUUUCUGGCAGGAAGAGGCAAUACUUCCACGUUUUGCAACUAGCAGUUCAAACCACUGUGUGCCCUCCUGCAGCCCAACAGAUGAGCAGCAAGCUAGGGCGUAACCGUCUCCCAGUUGCAGUUAAAAGUCACAGGUGGUGGGGGGGCAUAAUCUUCCAUCACUCCCUGUUCUCAAAACCGGUUAUUGUUACCAGUUUGGAAAUGGAUUGGCAAAACGGAAGGUAUGGCUUUUUACUGUCCACCGAAGGAGUGAUGAAAGGUCUGAAACUCUUCUCCUCCUCUGUUUGCACACCCCCCCCGCUUUAAUUGCCACCGAUCCUUUGAGACUGAACCCUUCAUUUGUGUUACAGAGUCUGCUUCGUUUCCUGAAACAUUGACUUUGCGAGGAAUGGGGAACGCUUGGGUAGCAAUAUUCUCAUCCUUGCAGGUGGAAAUAGAAAAGGACCUAGCACUAGUUUCAUUACAAAAAAACCCCUAAAACACUGACCUAGUUGCUUUUGUCUGUUUGUCCGUUCGGUUUUUUAAUUUUUCCCUUUCAGUUCCUCGUUGUAACUGCUGUCGUGACCCAGCUGUUCCUGGAGCAGCCAGCAAUGGCUCGGAAAAGGGGCCGUAGAUUUUAAGGAACAAUCUGAAUUUCUGUGGGAAAAGACCCAGCAUGGCAGCCCCUGAGGGGUGGAGCUAGAAAUGAUAGAAUUGUUGGGAUGAUCAGUGCGUGGGGUGGGAUUGCUCGAAUAUAAGGACAAAAAGUAACUAUGAAUGUUGGAAAAAUUAGUGAUACUUGUCACAUUUUGUAGCACAGAAGCAGAUUUGCAGGCUGCUGGGUUGAAUGGGGUUGCACUUCUGUAAUCAACCUGGCAGUGGUAAUUCUGAGGGUAGCAGUUUGCAGGCGCAGCCCAUGACGUGUUGGGUUUCAGAGCAAAGAAAGGAUCAUUUUAAAACUUUGCAAUUGGCUUGGUUUUUUUGGUGGGGAUCACUGGGAUUUAACUUUUGGGUCAAAUUUAGGCUUCGUUUACUCAUUUGUAUGUCACUUAGCAGCCUGUUGAAUUGUCAGGAAACUGCUUUAGUUGCUAACUUCAUGUUUCAGCUCCUGCCACUACUCAAGCAUGUUUGGCUGUAAAAAGCCCCAAGCAGACACUUCAAAUGACUCCAUCUUGCUUUUUAGCUUUCCCCUCUGCGUUUAUACUGACCUGGAGAUGAACGGCAACCAGGUUCCCCUUUAAUGUAGCAAAUGGCAUACGGAUACCCAGUGAUCGGAUGUACUGAGCCCAUAGUAUCAGCAUUGCUGCAAGUGGCAAGGGAAAUGGUGUCCCUGUAUACAAGUUACCCAGCCAGUUGGGUGACUUCUGCAGAUUGUUGCUACAUAAUCUGGAUGGGAUCCUUUGGAAUGUAGUUUUCAUUUAACAUCCUCAUGGAGAGUAGGUUUGAACAGC